GUCUGAAGGGUGGGAGUGGUAGUGAGCGGGACGGUCCUUGUUUUUCCGGGCUCUUCCUCUACUUAAGUUUCCUGAAAAAUUCAUGCGACUCUAAUUUGAAGUUUAAACACAAGGCAUCUUUGUUGUUUUUCAGAUUUGAAAGAUGCUAUUUAGAUCAAGCAUUCCAGUGAACAGAAGAAUUGGGCUGAUAAAAACCAAGAAAUUAAGUCGUCUUCAUGCUGUGACAGAUCCUUAAAGAAACGUGUUAAUGGAUCAUCAAGAAAAGUUGUUGUCUUACAAUGGAGAGCUUCUUAUUUUCCAGUUAUCGAAAGAAAAAUCCUCAGGGGGCAGCAGUACCAAGUUGUGUGUUAGAAGAAUGGUGUUCAGCAGUGAGACAAAACUGUUUGUUGAGAAGAGUGUUGGAUCAUUGAGCAUGGGCGGGGAAGAUGUUGAAAUGAUUUGCUGCAGCUGUGUAUCUGAUAAUAGGACAGGAAUUCUUCUCCCUUGUAUUCUAAUGAAAAAGGCAAAAAAGAAGAGUAUUAAGUAUACUUUACUGCUGCUUCAUAACUUUAACAAAUUUGAGUUUGUCUUGCAUUUUAAACUAGACUAUGAACUGAAAGAACCCAUAAAGCUACUUGCUGGUCCAACAAUCCUAUGGAGUUGUGCCCAAAAAAUCUUUUAUAUUUCUCCACAAACUUGCACUGUUUUGUGUGCUCCUAUUCAGUUUUCUUCCAUCAUAUGGGCGGGUCAGAUUAGAGGUGAGGGUAUUGUUGUUUUGGGAACAAGAGCUCCUUGUUUGCCAAAGGCAGGUUGGAAAAAUUCUGUGGCUGAAUCAGAGGCGCUCAUCUGGGGUAGUGAGUGUCUUGCUUAUGCUGUGGAGAAACAGAAAGUGCUGACUGGUACCAAUUUUCUGCCUCAUGCUUACAGCAACAUGGUGCCUUGUGUACAUAUCUGCAGAGCUGAGGCAGUGAAAAAUAAGUUUAGGACAUCCGUUCUUGCAGUCACAUGCAAAAGCCAGUUGAUUGUCUUCCAAGAUGGUCUACCUAAAGAUGUUCACCAGCUUCCAUACGAGAAACCCCGUUCCAUACAAAUAGCUGCAGUAGAAGGACAUAACGAUUUGGUGGUAGUGUCAUUCUCUUCGGGAGAGGUGUGUUCUGUAUGGAAAGACAGCUUGCAGGUUGCUUCUUGCUGGCAAAAUGUGAGCUCUGUUCUGACAGACGACUUUGUUGGCAUUGGAACUGAUCAGGUCUUAGUGCUUCUAAAGGCUGGAUCUAUAUCAGAAAAAUUAACUACAUUCCAAAUAACAGACUUUGGAAAAUAUAAUUUUAUGAGUAAUAUCAGCUAUCACAAUGAUUCAUCUUCUGCAGAAGAAGUAGAAAACAAUCGCUUUCUUACCAUCAAAGCACUCGAGGCAAGAUUGCAGGCUGGCUUUGCUUCUGUUCAUGAGCUGAAGCAGCAUUUACAGCUCAAAGAAAGAGUUCUGAUGAAAAGUUGUGAAGCAUUAAUAGACCUCGUUCAAGGUCGAGAACACAGUUUUCCAAGUGCAGAAAAGGAAAACCUUGUUUCUCUCUGGGAUGAAAUACAAAAGCCUUCUGAUAGUGGCAUAUCAACCACAGCUGAACAUCAAGAACAAUUUGUAGAGGAGAUUUGGUACCGAGUGGUAGAUGACAGCUUAGUAGUUGGAGUAAAACUAAUGGAAUCGUUUGACUUGCUGCUCAGUGAUGUCACUUUAUCACUGGUAAUGGAUCAUAAAUACCCUUCAUUAUUUCCAACUAAAUCACAGUGCAGCGUAUUUAAGUUGAAGAAAGCCCCACUGGUAGAGUUCACAUCUCACCGGCAACUAGAACCAGCGCCUAAAAGGGUGAGGUUAAAUUGCUGUAGUGGAAAAGACGACCAUGGAGGACCUUCCCGGAUAAAGGCAGGAGAGACAAAAAUCUUCACUGCAGUUACUGCUCUGUCGCCAUUCUUGGUGUUCCAUCAAGUGUGGUGUAGGAUCUUGUUGCGUGCCAAGGAAAAAAGCUGCCAGGAUGAACAUUUUCAGGGAAACAAAACAAUAACUUUGUCAUGUGGAAAAUUUUUAUUAAGCGUGGAGGAGAUUUCCACUGGAAAACACUCAGUAAACCUUAACGAUUCCAGAUAUGCAGGCUCCGUGAAAGAUAUUGUUGCUCUUUGUGCAGUAUCGCACAAAUGGUUGUUUGAAAUUGUCUCCCAUGACUGCACUUUGACUCGUGUAAACACAUGGCUACUGGAACAAAUGGAGUGUGCACCAGUUGAAGAAUAUCCAGAUUUUAAAUUCUGCUGUAAAUCUGGAAGUCUGAAUGGUACGCUCUUCAGCUGGGAUCCAGAAACACCAUUCGAAGGAACUCUGACAGUUUUUUGCAGACACCAAACUACCUUGUUCCAGUGUCUUCAUUGCCUCUUUGGGUUGCUGCCACCAUCUUGUAAGAUAAAACCCUUAAGGUUGAGAAGGAAGAAAGUGCUUGGUGAACAGCUUGCAAUAGCUUUAGAAAGGGAAAUGAACUUUCUCCGGCUUUCCUUGUCCUCUCCUUUACACAAAACUGAAAACAACUUGCCCCUGGAUGAUGAAGAAAGUGAAGGAACAGAUAGUGUUCCUACAGUUCAACAAUUCAGAGAGGCAUUUAAAAAGGAGCAAAAACAAAGCAUCCUGGGUACAAACCAAACAGUGAGUGGCAUCUUCUACAGAAGAAUGACUUGGAAUGUAGCUGAAGCUCAGCUGAAUUCUGACAAAACUGCUUGGCAGUGCUCUUCUCUCUAAUUUUAUUUUCAGUAAUUUCUAAAAGUACACAAUGUUUUUUUUACACUUAAUUUCAUUUUAUGAUGAAAAGGAGCUCUUAGUGUUAUAAUGUCUAUUCAGGAAGUGCUUAGAAGCAAGAAAAUUCUGUUGCUAAUAUACAAAAAGUUAUGGGCAAACAAUAUAAGUAUAAGUGUUUUGUAUUCCCUACUACACUAUAAGUGUUUUGUACAACUAUGCUUGUGUGUCUCUGGUGAAAACAGACGGGGAGUCUUUUAAGUGGAAAGAGAGAAGAAGGUGGCCUGCCGAAACCCUGUUAAGUGCCAAUCUUUGACAGCCCUUAUAGGUACCUAUAGCCCAUUUUUCAAGUACACAAUGGCACACUAGCAGCAGUGCUACACCCACAGUUUGCACUGAUGUACCCAAAGUAGAUUCCCAAGGCUUUAGGGUACCACACAGUUAGAAAAAUGAUCCCGCUGUAAGUUUAGAGUAAUAGACAAUAUACAAAAAUUACACUGGAAAUGGCUUCGCAGAAAUAAGCUGUCGAUCUUCAAAUGAAUAAACAAUUUUUCUAAGAACAAAAAGAUUCUCAGGUCAUUUUGUUAACAACUCAGAAAACGCACCUUGGUGCUUCCCAUUUCAUUCUAACUGUUAAGCACCACGGUGUGUUUUCUGAGUCGUUAACAAAAUACACUGGAGAAUCUUUUUGUUUUAAGACAAUUAUUUAUUCAUUUGAACAUAGAUAGCUUAUUGUUGCAAGCCACUUCCAGUGUAAUUUUUGUAUAACAUUUAUUGCUUUACACUGAUCCCCACUUAAUUCAAUAUGAUUAGUUAACAAUAGGGCAUAUACUGUAUUUACUCAGUGGCAUGCACUUAGAAUCCACCACAGUGGCUUUCUUCUUCGGUUUAUGCAAAAUGUAAUUUAUUGAGAUAGUUUGUCACAGCAAAAUAGUCAAUUGUUUGAAAUUAGUGCAGUUAACUGCAGUUGGACAUUGAAUGUGUGAGUACUAGCAUUAUGUUUUGGUAUUGAACCGAGCCCACCAUAGCUGAAGCUUGUAGACUUAUUGAAUAAAGGUAUUAGAUACCCCCUCCUCUGCUAUGUAGAUGUAUUUUUCAUAUAGAAUUACCAGUUCUCAGCACAAAUGCUACUAUUUUAACAUUUAUAGUUGUAUUAUUCAUUUUUCUGAAUUGUAAUUUAUUCCUACUUUUUAACUGUCAAAAUACUAUAUGGAAAGUGUACUUAAUCAUGCUUUGACUACAGUGGGACAGCACUUUACUCUGGUACUGCAUCUAGCAAUAGGCACAUAAGUUUCAAAAUAUCAUUUAGAUGUGAGCAUUCCUCUCAGGGUUGCUAUGAAGUUAAGUUUGUAAAACAAAGUUUUAAAGGAUAUUGUGUGGUUUCCGGGCUGUAUGGCCAUGUUCUAGUAGCAUUUUCUCCUCUGAAGAUGCCAGCCACAGAUGCAGGCAAAACAGCAGGAGAAAAAUGCUACUAAAAUCCAGCUAUACAAACUGGAAACCAGUGAUUCCGGCCGUGACAGUACAACGUUUUAAAGCAUUUUUCAUAUGGUGAAGUACAUAAAACUACUGAUGGUUGAAUUUACAGGCAAGUUUUACAAGUAUGUUUCUUAGACUCAAGAUCUGUCCAUUUAUUAAAGACCCAAUUUAAGUGACAA